UCAAAAUAGUCUGUUAUCUAUCGUUUCAUAGUUACUCUUGGUGAUACGCUUGACAGACGAAACCAAAUAUUGGAUCACAAUAGUUUUUGUUCAGUACAUAUGUGACGUUUAUUUUCUGAAAAAUCUAAAAAAGGUUCUUAAAAAAACAUCGAUACAUUUUGUUAACAUAUACGUGCAAACGAUACUCAGAUUACUUUCAUAAACAAAAUGGAGCGGGUUCUGUUUGUUUGUGUUCUGUGUGUUUUAAUAUGCAGUGUGAAUUGCCAAGACGGAUUAUCAAUAGUCUUCAUCAUGCAUGAAGAGGACAAUCCUACGUACAACGAAACUGAGGUGACCUGUGGCAGUUAUGAAAAUUUGACAAUUAUGUGCAGAAUAAACAAUAUCCCAAACAUUUAUGGGUUCAGUUUCAUGAACUUUGACAGAGUAAACAAAACUGGAUUUGUUGAACACCUGGCCACAAUGCAGUCUAUUAAUAAUUCGAUUCGUGGGUAUCGAAUUCCUGAACUAUUUGAUCCCAUGGCAAAUAUGACGGUUGCUGGUGAAUACUCUCAAAAGAAUCCAAGUCUUGGAAUAAAAGUACUUGUGGCGUCUCUCACUUGCAAUGAUAUGCUUAACUACAGCUGCUCCCUUGAUUAUGACGAGAAAACUGGAGACACAACUCAUGAGGCAAAGAACUCCACUGUGUUCAAAUACCUCACAGUGUCAGAUAAUGUAAAUGAACCGACCACAGUUGGGUUGACAACAGCAGAUGCUCCAGUAGAUAACAAUACAUCUACAGUGCACUCCGCUUCUGAGGCUGUGGCUGGUGCUGUCGCACUUUUACUGCUGUUGGAUUUGCUGCUGUUGCCCUGACUUGACCUUGAAGAAAGAACGCGUCCCAUAAAUAGUGGAUAUGAUUUUCAGUUUAUGUAUAUGUAUAUAAUUCAAACACGUUCACAAUUGAAACAAAAAGAUAUGAAAAUGUACACAGUAAUGAGUGAGAUAUAAACACAUAUGAAGCCACAAAUUGUAGCUGUGAACGAAAUUAUCGAUGUGUUUAACAUUUGUUUGACAUAUGGUAAUGGUACGCCCAUUAUUAGCCAACUGCAUGUAUGUUCGCUUUUAAAACAUCAAUGUGCUAAAUUGUAUGGUCAUAGACGCUUGGAUCCUAACAUUACGUCGACUAAAAUAAGACUUCAUCUGAACAUUUUUUAUUUUUAAGUUUUAUGCCGAACACUGUUAUGAAAUAGCAAAUAUUAUAAAUUAAAUACACUGCUUUUCGUAUUUCAAAUAACGUUUAAAUUCUCUGUAGGAAGCCAUGUCAGCAUAUACCGUCCAUUUACAUCAUGCCAUUGUCUUUAUAAAAUGAAGACACAUGGAUAUCCGUCAGGAAAAAUAUUCAUAUCAAUCUGUCAAACCAAAAAUACACCUAAAACUUGAAGGUCAAGGAAGGUAUUUCACAACAACUGUCAUUAAAAGUUCAAAUAAUGCGUUUUAAAAAAAUAGUGCUAGUUGCUUCCCUUAAGCCUUUUUACAUAAAAUAUGUUAUGUUUAAAUCGAGGAUCAUUGGGAUCUAGUGUAACAAAACAAGUUAUAUAUUUAAUACCAUUAAAUACUGACUUCACAAUGGACUUUCAAACACUCUUAAGAUUUUAAACCUGUUAUUCAUUUCUUGUAACAUUGCCUUAGUUCGUACAUAUCCGUUACCCAACAACGAUAAUUGGUUUAAAGCAAAAGAAACAGUUAUAGGUUAAAAUAUUUCCAUAUUUUUAAUGCCACUGUGGUGUAGAGGUAAUGCAUACUUUUUAUAUCGAUAAUGCCAGUGUUCGAUUACCGUCGAAUGCUCAAUUUUUUUAUCGACUUUUAUUUGCUAUUAAACUAUUUAAUACUAUUUCAAACAGUAAAGUGUUGUAAAUAAAUACAUGCAAUACCAUUUUUAAUAAAAUAACCAUCGACAAUUAAAUUUAAUAACUAUCGCAUAAUUAAACAUAUGAUUGCUCAAUGAUCUAUUCUACAUGAAAACUAUGUUGUAAUUAAUAUCAUUGCGCAGGUGAGCAAUAAAAGAAGAUCAAUGUGAACUACUUUUUUCCGAUUUAUUAAUGAUGCACGAAAUGUUAUUCAUACGUGUGAGCAGUUUAUUAUAGUUAUAUAUAAAUACGAUUUGUUAUUAUAAAUUAUGCAGCAUCAAACUUUUUCACCUGCAACAUGAUUAUGCCAUAGUCAUUUGUGCAAAGGUAAGUACCAUGACGAGUCAAGCUUGAACUUAAAAUGAUUAAGUGGAAAUUUUAUAACAUCAUAUACGAUUUAUAUGCUCUAAUUAUGUUGUUUGCGUAUGUAUUAUAUAUUUUUAUUGUUUAAUAAAUUAUAGCACGAGA